AUGGUGGCCUCGUCCGUUGCUGUCCUGCGUGCGUGCGGGCUGUGCCAACGGAGCUUGAAGAGUUGGGGGCGGUUUUCAGGAUCCACGCAACUCAGGCUGAGGGCCUGGAGCACUACGGCCCCUGUACGGACAACUGCGAAGCUGAUCCUGGAGCCCGCGGGGCGCAGCCUCCUGGCCCCCGGGGUGCGGCGCGUGCCCGUGCGGGAGGGCCGGGUGCGGGCCACGCUCUUCCUGCCGCCAGAACCUCGACCUUGCCCUGGGAUUGUGGACCUUUUUGGAGUUGGAGGAGGUCUUCUGGAGUAUCGAGCUAGUCUUCUGGCUGGAAAGGGCUUUGCUGUGAUGGCUUUGGCUUAUUAUGAUUAUGACGACCUCCCCAAAGGCCUGGAGGCCACCCGCCUGGAGUACUUUGAAGAAGCAGUGAACUACCUGCUCAGUCACCCCGAGGUAAAGGGUCCAGGAAUUGGGCUGCUUGGAACUUCCAAAGGGGGUGAACUGUGCCUUGCCAUAGCCUCUUUUCUGAAGGGCAUCACAGCUGCCGUCAUCAUCAACGGGUCCAUAGCUGCUGUCGGGGGAACCAUGUACUAUAAGGGUGAAUCUGUGCCUCCUGUGACUGCUGUGAGGGAUCGAAUCAAGAUGACCAAAGAUGGCAUCAUGGACAUUGUGGAUGCCCUGAACAGCCCUUUGGAAGGACCUGACCAGAAGAGCUUCAUUCCUGUGGAAAGGUCUGACACCACCUUCCUGUUCCUUGUAGGUCUGGAUGACCACAACUGGAAGAGUGAGUUCUAUGCUAAUGAGGCCUCCAAGCGCUUACAGGCCCAUGGGAAGAAAAAGCCCCAGAUCAUCUGUUACCCAGAAGCUGGGCACUAUAUCGAGGUCCCUUAUUUCCCCUUGUGCAAGGCUGCUCUGCAUAGCUUGGUGGGCGCUCCUGUCGUCUUUGGAGGGGAGCCCAGGGCUCAUGCCAUGGCCCAGGUGGAUGUGUGGGAGCAACUUCAGGCUUUCUUCCACAAACAUUUGGGUGGCAACAGUUAAGAGGUAUGCUCCUGAAAAAAUAAAGCAUCUGAAUGCUUGGUGGAUAAGUCUCAAAAAUAUUCUAAGAACAUCAGUUCAUUUCAUAGUAACCUAUGAACAUAAUAACAUGAUUACAGUUUUUUAAAGAUUUGUUCAUUUAUCUUGAAAUAUUAUUAUUAUUAGAAAUAG